AUUUUGUUUGUUGGAGUCGCCACUCGAACGCUUUGGAUAUUAUAGCUCAUGUAAGCAUUGGGAGAUUAACUGGAUACCAAAAUCAUUGGAAAGAACCAGAUGCAGUAUUAUGAACUUGUCUUUGAAGAUUUUGUCAUUGGGAGUUCUUAUCCAUUAUCGUAUGCUGAUUAGUGGAGUAGCUGUUCAUUCAUAUAGCAGUUGUAAAGGGUGUGUCAAAUUUCAUUCAAAUGGAACAAAUAUAGAGGAAAUACUAAUUGAUGAAAGGAAUAACCAAUUGAUUGUUGGUGCCAAAAAUUUACUGUUCAGACUUGAACUCACUACUUUGCAGUUACCAUCAGUUCAAAAUGACAGGGUAGCUCUGCACCCAAGCCGGGAGGCAUUGGAGGCAUGCCUAAGCCUGGGACAAGGGAAGGGUAACUGCCAAAAUUAUAUAAAGUUGCUACUCUUUGACCAACAAGAAAAUAUUUUUGUUUGCGGUACCUAUGCUGCUGCACCUAAGUGCUGGAAAUUCAAGAGAAAUGAUGCACUGAAUCCACAACCUGAUGCAAUCAAUGGAGAUGGAAUAAGUCCAUCUAGUUAUCAAGGCAGAGUGACUGGGAUUUUUACAAGUAGUUACUUGUUUGCUGGGAUCAGCAGUAGGAGAAGUAGGAGAUCGCUUAUUUACAAGACUGAAGCAGAUCUGAGCAGGAGUGUAGUCUUGACAUCUGAUUCAUCUUUUAAAGUUUUGCAAGAUGCUGACUUUGUAACUUCUUUUCGUCAUCUGGACAACUUUGUGUACUUCUUUUUUAGAGAAACUGCUGUAGAAGCAAGAAAGGUGGUUUACUCAAGGGUGGCAAGGAUUUGUCAGUAUGACGAGGGAGGUGAUGGACGAUUGAAAAAUAGAUUCACUUCAUUUGUAAAGACCAGAAUAAUGUGUUCGGUCCCUGGCAACAUUCCAUUUGAUUACAACGAAAUCCAAGCAGCUGUCACCUACACUAGUCCUGUGACAAAAGAGGUCUAUUUUUAUGGAAUUUUUACCACUCCACAGCUAGGAGUCCUGGGCUCAGCAGUUUGUUCUUACAGUGUGAAGUCUCUUCAAGAGUUAUUUGAUAACAGUCCUUACUUAAAGGAAACUGACAAUAAAAGUUUUGAUGGAACUUCCUUGUGGGUCAAAGAGUUUCCUGUAAAUUUGUCAGUGGUUCCUGGCAGACCAAAGUGCAAUGCACAGCUGGAUACCAAGAGGUAUUCCUGGAAGAUCACCCAGUUUGCUUCUGACCAUCCUCUCUUGGCUGUUCCACUCAUGCCAACAUCAUUAUUUAAGGACCCCAAACCCUUGUUUACCAAGGCAGGCACAAGGUUUACUCAGCUUGUUGUGGACAAAGUUAACGUUGGCAAUGGACGGAUCAUUCCUGUGAUGUUUAUUUCUACUGACAAUGGCACAGUGUUUAAAGUGUUCAACAAUAUAUCUGGUGAUGGCAAUGCUAUUGUUGUGGAGCAAGUGAGACUUCUUGAGAAUCCAGAACCUAUCUAUACAAUGAAACUUUACAAGGGAGCCGUUUGCAUCGGAAGUGAUUCGGGUGUCACAAAGCUGCCAGUGGAGCACUGUAGUGAAUUUACGAGCUGCAGGACUUGUGUUUCCGCUUUGGAUCCUUACUGUGGAUGGAGUGACAACACGUGCACAACAUUUGAUAACAAGAAAGGAAGUGGCUGGUUACAAGACAUUGUUUACGGUAAUUUCUCCAGACUUUGUCCGCGAGAGAUUCCGUUGUGUUCAUUGACGUCUUCUCUGGACCAAAAGGGACAUGUUAAUAGUUUGAUUUGUCAAGGAGAUGGAGUCCCACUUCCUAAAGUGAUCAGAUUGGAAAAAGAUUCAAAGACUCUUUGUGCUCAUUCAGACUGCCGCAGAAACUCUUCACUGACGAGUCAUCAGGAAAGAUUAGACAUAAACAACUUUGGGCUCCAGCACCUUGGCGAUUAUCAUUGUUUUGUGUCUAAUGAAGUGGGGUCGUCUUCGUGUGUCAUAAAUCUCGCGGGUUCUUUGCCUGUCGUCGCAUAUUCUCUGGUGAGAAUGAGAGAUGAGUCUCUGUUUUUGUGUAAUGGAAGUGGGUUGCCCAUUCCACGUAUAACUAUCUACAAGGUGACCGGGAACACCACACUUGUCGUUCUAGCACGUCAAACAACCAUUACUGAUGAUGAAGGCCAAAGGUCAUAUUACUGCGUGGCACACAACUACUUUGGAGUAUCAUUUAGCAAAGCGAUUGACAUCAAUGAUAAACCAGUCAGAGCUGAAAUGGAGCUCACAAAUGAGGAUUGGAGUUUAGAACUUUCUAAAAGACCUUCAGAAAGAUAUAAAAACCUGGCAGGUCAAGUUAGAACCGCGGUACAAGAAAUCUACUGUAAAAGUCCUGCAUUUGUGAGUGUAAAGGAUAUUUCAUUUAGGAGAGGAAGUGUUCUCUGUCAAAUGACAAUAAAUUUUGCUGCUGAGGCUUCGGAAACGAGCCAUGACUUGUUGAAGGAAUUGCAAGCAAGUGUGUUUUCCGGACAAGUGGGGAACCUAACGGUGGAUGCAUCACAUAUUCUCAAUAUGGAAAGCGUCCCAAAACCUACUCCAGCAACAGAGGGGAAAGAUUCGAAUGACAAAGGGUUACUGGCUGUGGCUGUCAUGACAGCGGUGUUGUUAAGUCUCAUUAUCGGCUUUAUGUUAGGAAUGAAGUGUUAUGGUCAAGUUGUUAACCGCUGCACACCGUCAUCCAGGAAUUCAGAUUCGUUCGAUGGACCGAAGGACAGAACUAUUAAGGGUGUCAAAUACACCAAAUCGCCUCCCAGAGAUGAAAAUUUUAAACGGAACAAGAAUGAAUCACAGAGUAAGAGAAAUCUGGUUAAAAAGAAAGGUGAAAGCAUUGAGCGGAAGGAAGAUAGCGAUAGCAAUUCCUCUACUGCUGGUAAAAUUGCCGAUGAGAGUGGAGACGAGAAUUUCAUCAGGAAACCGUACACCCCAUUGUCGCCAUCCAUUUCCGGAGAUCCCUAGAGAGUGGGUGAAAUUUAGAUUAGAAGAAGUGAGUACAGAGAAGGGCCAUACUCGAUCGGCUACCCGCGUCGUGUCGCUACGACCCCAAUCAAGCAGCCAGACACUGAAGUGUGAGAAAAUAUUACGAAUGUUAGACGUGCCUGUGCAAACGCUUUUGACUUUUUUGGAGUUUUGUAAGAAAGCUCCCCAUCUGAAAAAUAGUUCAACUCACCUGAACUUUUAAACACGAAGGCGUGCUGUAAAAGGAGCCUUAGGUCCCGCUGGACCAUUUGUCAAUCAACCGUCGUGUGA